GGUCGCUAGAAUCCCGUGCGAAUGAGGCUCUUCCCGCCCCUAGGCAGGAGGGUCGGGUGGGAUCCCCACCCCGGCUACCGGGGGUGCGCCCCGAGACCCCAUGAACAACCAGCCGCGGACCCCAGCCCCUACCCCGGCCCGGGCCUCGACUCCGGUCCGGGGUUCGACCCUGCGCAAGACCUCCAUCCAGGUUCGGACUCCGACUCCGGGCCCGGAGUCGGGCCCGACCCGGAUCACGACUCUGGUCCGGACGCCGGCUCUCAUCCGGACCCUGACCCCCAUCCGAACCCCAACUCCGGUCCGGACCCCAACUCCGGCCCCGCCCUCAACUCCGGUCCGGACCCCAACUCCGGUCCCGCCCUCAACUCCGGUCCGGACCCCAACUCCGGUCCCGCCCUCGACUCCGCUCCGGCCCCCGACUCCGGCCCGGACCCCAACUCCGGUCCCGCCCUCGACUCCGCUCCGGCCCCCGACUCCGGCCCGGACCCCAACUCCGGUCCCGCCCUCGACUCCGCUCCGGCCCCCGACUCCCGUCCGGCCCCCGACUCCCAUCCGGCCCCCGACUCCCGUCCGGCCCCCGACUCCUGUCCGGCCCCCGACACCGAUCGGGACCCCGACACUGAUCCGGUCUCCGACUCCGGUCCAGAUCCCAACUCCGGACCCGAUCCCAACCCUGAUCCCAUCUCGGGUCCUGAUUUCUGCCUUGGAAUCCCUCCCCGACUCGCCUUCGGGCCCGCCCCUGGAACUUGAACCCACGCUCACUGUGUCACCUGCCAAGAAACUUGAGCCAACCCCGAGGGUGAAGCAGGUUUCAUCAGCUGCCAGUGGAUUUCCUCCCAUCCAAGAGCCCCUUCCUGCUCUUACUCCACUGGCCACCGACUUACCGUCCCCAUCCCGCGGGUCCCCUCUGAGGACAGAUCCAUCGACCACCAAGUUGAUAGCUUCUUCUGGACAUGUCCCAGGGACGCCCAUCCUAGGGGCCAUCCAGGCCAUCUUACCGGUUCCUGCAUUAGCCUCCAUCAGUGGGAGCCUCAAAGCGGAAAACAAGAUCAUGAUUCAAGUGGUCUACUGUGGCCUCUGAAGCUACAGCCUGCGGUACAUCCUACUGAGAAAGAGUCUGGAGCAGCAAUUUCCAAACUCUCUAAUCUUCGAGGAGGAAAUAUCUGCCCAGGCUACAGGGGAGUUUGAAGUGUUUGUGGAUGGAAAACUGGUACAUUCAAAGAAGAAUGGUGAUGGCUUUGUGGAUGAGGCCAAGCUACAGACAAUUGUGAACCUGCUCAAUGAGGAGUUCAAGAAAAGGGUAGCAGGCAACUAGUGGGCUAGAGGAGCCUCAGCAGGAUGGUGAGAAGGGCUGAAAUGAUGUCAAGUCAGGUCCUUUUCUGAUGGUGGCUGGGACAAGGUCAGGGAGAAGUGAAGAGGGAAAUACAGAGUCUGCCUGCCCGUGUUCUCGUCUGAUUGCUACUGUCACCGCACUCAUUUCUGAAGUCUGGGAAAGUUGCCUGCUACCGUGCUCCCAGCAUCUCCUGGACCGGGUGGGCGGGGACAGGGAGGCCAGCUUGAAACUGAAGGCUACUCCUGUUGCUCCCCACCUGGUGUAGCCUCAACGUUCUCACACUGUCAAAGUCAAUUUAUUUCUUUUGUGGGAUCUUUA